AAUUUAGAGUUCCAUGGAGUGAUGCGGUUCUACUUUGAGGACCAUGUUGCAGGGAACGUUGCCACCAAGUGCCUGCGUAUCACCAGCACCACCACCACUGGAGAGGUUAUUGAAACACUGUCAGAGAAGUUCAGACCGGACAUGAAGAUGUUGAAUACUCCCUAUUUCCUGUUUGAGGUCAAUGCUAACAAGGGUAAGAUGGAUAGAUGGAUGGAUGGAUGGAUGGAUGGAUGGAUGGAUGGAUGGAUGGAUGGAUGGAUGGAUGGAUGGAUGGAUGGAUGGAUGGAUGGAUGGAUGGAUGGAUGGAUGGAUGGAUGGAUGGAUGGAUGGAUGGAUGGAUGGAUGGAUGGAUGGAUGGAUGGAUGGAUGGAUGGAUGGAUGGAUGGAUGGAUGGAUGGAUGGAUGGAUGAAUGAAUGAAUGGACGGACGGACACAGACAGACAAACAGACAGACAGAUGGAUACAUGAAUGAAAGAGAGUACACUUGGGGGCAGGGCAUCGUGAACAAUUCCCCUUUGUGAAUAGAUUGAGUGUAUUAUCUGGUAAAUGUGUUCAUAUUAUUCUCCCACUCUCCGCCCUGUUAACCAUGGCAGAAGAACGUCAGCUGGACCUGAGUGAGAAGCCUCUGGUUGUGCAGCUGAACUGGAACACAGACAACAAGGAGGGCCGCUUCGUACUCAAGAAGGAGAAGGACAUUAUUGUACAUGUGACUGACUGUUUACUGUAUUUAUAAUUGAGCAGAAUUCGCUCAGUUAGAAAUUACUUUCAUGCCUGACUUAGCUUGAGUGUCAAGGCAAGGCAAGCAAUUUAGCUGGCAAGAGUUUAUGCUUUGAUUUCCACUGUAGUGUUGUGUCUCUCUGUGUGAUUAUGUGGUCUUAAUCAAUACAGGACAACAGCCCAGAGAAAAAGAAGGGAGGCAUGAUCCAGAACUUCAAGAGGACACUGUCAAGGAAAGAGAAGAAGAAGGAGAAGAAGAAGACGGGAGAUGAUGCUAUUAACCACUCGGCAAAGCCUAAUGGGUCCACUAUGAGGAAAGAGAAUGGGUAGGUCUUCCCUUAACACCAAUUAAUUCAUUAGCAAACAGAGAAGCAUGACAACAAAAAUGUUUUUGGUUCACAAAAGUUAAUGUUCAAUGUUAAGUCCGUCUCUGGUAAAAGUUCACUGCCUGUACCUGAUUCUCAAGUUAUAGGUAUACUCUUCUCUCCACUGCAGGCAGAUAUCAGCUUCUGUGGCUGUGGAGAAAUCAUCGACCAACAAGGAUAUUGUUUCUAACCCUGAGACAAUGGAAUGUCAGGAAAGAUCCACGAGGGGAGGCAUUAUAAAGCCUACGGUCCGGAAGCAGAACCAGCAACAGGACUAUGGAACAUGGAAUGAAAGGUAAACAUUUACAUUUAUUGACAUGACAUUGCCUUCUGUGUGUGACAAAAAUUCACACCUUUCUGGCAUCUCUUGGCACUUAAUAAAAUGGCUACUGUGACUGUUGUUUUUUCAUGAUUCCGGUUUUGAGAUAUUGUUAAAGUGACUAUAGGCCAGACAACUGAAAUUAUUACAUCUUGUCUUAACAGAGCUCAGGACAACAUGGACCAACUUGCACUUCCAGUUGGUAUUAAAUUCAGGGAAAAUUGUAAGUAAUUACGUUUGACCAUUGUAAUAGCACUGUAGUAUCACAUUGUAAUAGCACAUUGUAAUAACAUAGCAAUAACACAAUCAGUUUGUUAUCAGUCUCAUUAUCGUCCUGUAUUAAUCUGCUGUCCUCUACUGGUGUCACUCUGUCAUAACAGCUGAGGACGCCUUCCUCUCUGCAGUCAUCAACUACACCAACAGUUCCACUGUCCACUUCAAGCUCUCCCCUGCCUACGUCCUGUACAUGGCCGGACGCUUCGUCCUCCACCGCCAUUACAGUCACAGUCAGGAGACAUCACAGAGUCAUCGCCCCUCAGAGCAUGCACACAGAGUCACCGCUACUGUCAACAAGAUGGUGGCCAUGACUGAGGUGGUCAUCCAGGUAAGUGAACCAUGCAUGCACCAUCACACUUUGACUCUGUGUGAAUUAUACAGCGCAACUGGAAAGAGCAUCCCUCUUCUGCUUCAUGGGUUCAUUAUGGUUUUGGUAACACUUUAGCCUGAAGGUAUAAUUAAGCAAUAAGGCCCAAGGGGGUGUGGUACAUGCCAAUAUACUGUACCAUGGCUAAGGGCUGUUCUUAGGCACGACAAAACGUGGAGUGCCUGGACACAGCCCUUAGCCGUGGUAUAUUUGCCAUAUAUCACAACCCCCCGAGGUGCCUUAUUGCUAUUAUAAAAAGGUUACCAACUGAAUUAGAGUAGUAAAAAUAACUGUUGUCAUACCAGUGGUAUACGUGUAGGUCCCGUGUAGCUCAGUUGGUAGAAUAUGGCGCUUGCAAAGCCAGGGUUGUGUGUUCGAUUCCCACGGGGGGCCAGUAUGACAAAACAUUUUAUGUACUCACUAACUGUAAGUUGCUCUGGAUAAGAGCGUCUGCUAAAUGACUAAAAUGUAAAUACGGUCUGAUAUACACAUACAUAUACAGUGGGGAGAACAAGUACUUUGAUACACUGCCGAUUUUGCAGGUUUUCCUACUUACAAAGCAUGUAGAGGUCUGUAAUUUUUAUCAUAGGUACACUUCAACUGUGAGAGACGGAAUCUAAAACAAAAAUACAGAAAAUCACAUUGUAUGGUUUUUAAGUAAUUAAUUUGCAUUUUAUUGCAUGACAUAAGUAUUUGAUCACCUACCAACCAGUAAGAAUUCCGGCUCUCACAGACCUGUUUGUUUUUCUUUAAGAAGCCCUCCUGUUCUCCACUCAUUACAUGUAUUAACUGCACCUGUUUGAACUCGUUACCUGUAUAAAAGACUCCUGUCCACACACUCAAUCAAACAAACAGACUCCAACCUCUCCACAAUGGCCAAGACCAGAGAGCUGUGUAAGGACAUCAGGGAUAAAAUUGUAGACCUGCACAAGGCUGGGAUGGGCUACAGGACAAUAGGCAAGCAGCUUGGUGAGAAGGCAACAACUGUUGGCGCAAUUUUUAGAAAAUGGAAGAAGUUCAAGAUGACGGUCAAUCACCCUCGGUCUGGGGCUCCAUGCAAGAUCUCACCUCGUGGGGUAUCAAUGAUCAUGAGGAAGGUGAGGGAUCACAGUCUCAAAGAAAACCAUUAGUAACACACUACGCCGUCAUGGAUUAAAAUCCUGCAGCGCACGCAAGGUCCCCCUGCUCAAGCCAGCGCAUGUCCAGGCCCGUCUGAAGUUUGCCAAUGACCAUCUGGAUGAUCCAGAGGAGGAAUGGGAGAAGGUCAUGUGGUCUGAUGAGACAAAAAUAGAGCUUUUUGGUCGAAACUUCACUCGCCGUGUUUGGAGGAAGCAGAAGGAUGAGUACAACCCCAAGAACACCAUCCUAACCGUGAAGCAUGGAGGGGGAAACAUCAUUCUUUGGGGAUGCUUUUCUGCAAAGGGGACAGGACGACUGCACUGUAUUGAGGGGAGGAUGGAUGGGGCCAUGUAUCGCGAGAUCUUGGCCAACAACCUCCUUCCCUCAGUAAGAGCAUUGAAGAUGGGUCGUGGCUGGGUCUUCCAGCAUGACAACGACCCGAAACACACAGCCAGGGCAACUAAGGAGUGGCUCUGUAAGAAACAUCUGAAGGUCCUGGAGUGGCCUAGCCAGUCUCCAGACCUGAACCCAAUAGAAAAUCUUUGGAGGGAGCUGAAAGUCCGUAUUGCCCAGCGACAGCCCCGAAACCUGAAGGAUCUGGAGAAGGUCUGUAUGGAGGAGUGGGCCAAAAUCCCUGCUGCAGUGUGUGCAAACCUGGUCAAGACCUACAGGAAACGUAUGAUCUCUGUAAUUGCAAACAAAGGUUUCUGUACCAAAUAUUAAUUUCUGCUUUUCUGAUGUAUCUGAGGUUUUUACUUUCUUUACUCUGCAGAUUACUAAAUAUUGAGUAAAAAUAGGCUGCUUUAUGUUUGGGUAAUUCCAAAUACUCAGCUAUUGGGUUCUUUCCUGGAUUUUGUUGAUAGCCGGUUAACAAACAUUCCCUCAAUUGUAAAUAUUUCCACUUAAUAUUUUUUAACCAAAUCUGAGUAUGACAUGAAAACAUCUUCAUUGUACAGAUCACCUAUAGUAUGAAUUCCUUUCAUUAGCCACUGUUUCCAGUACACAGACUUCUUUCCUAUCCGUAGCCUAGGAUUGUGCCACAAUGAUGAGUAUCGUUGUUUUAGAUGUGAAAUUCCACAUAUCUUGUGUACUGUUCUCCACAACUCUUUUGAGUGUAACAAAAUUGGGUUGGGAGUUUCAACAGACCUCUCCCCUGUAAGACUAUGUGACAGAGUAUCACCAGACCUCUCCCCUGUAAGACUAUGUGACAGAGUAUCACCAGGGGUGAAAGGAUAACCUAGUACCCUUUCUAUUGGUUCCCUUUCUAUUGUUAUCCAAUCCAAGCCAGCAUCUCUUUUGCCCCAAUGCUUCGCCAAUUUAGCCAUUUCAAAUGAUAAAUGGUACAAUUUAACAUCUGGUAAAGUCAACCCUCCUACAUCCCUUGGUGAGCACAUUUUCUUCAUAUUAAUCUUGGAUUUUUUCCUAUCCCACAAAAAGUAUUUAGUUAAUUUGUCAUAUUGUUUAAAAUACCGGUCUGGAAUAUUCAGAGCUAAAUUGCAGAGAUACAGUGCAUUUGGAAAGUAUUCAAACCCCUUGACUUUUUCCACAUUUUGUUACGUUACAGCCUUAUUCUAAAACGGAUUAAAUAAAAACGUUUCCUCAUCAAUCUAUUCACAAUACCCCAUAAUUACAAAGCGAAAACAGGUUUUAAAAAACAGAAAUACCUUAUUUACAUAAGUAUUCAGACCAUUUGCUAUGAGACUCGAAAUUAAGCUCAGGUGCAUCCUGUUUCCAUUGAUCAUCCUUGAGAUGUUUCUACAACUUGAUUGGAGUCCACCUGUGGUAGAUUCAAUUGACUGGACAUGAUUAGGAAAGUGACACACCUGUCUAUAUAAGGUCCCACAGUUGACAGUGCAUGUCAGAGCAAAAACCAAGCCAUGAGGUUGAAGGAAUUGUCCGUAGAGCUUUGAGACAGGAUUGUGUCGAGACACAGAUCUGGGGAAGGGUACCAAAAAAUGUCUGCAGCAUUGAAGGUCCCCAAGAACACAGUGGCCUCCAUCAUUUUUAAAUGGAAGAUGUUUGGAACCACCAAGACUCUUCCUAGAGCUGGCCACCCGGCCAAACUGAGCAAUUGGGGGAGAAGGGCCUUGGUCAGGGAGGUGACCAAGAACCUGAUGGUUACUCUCACAGAGCUCCAGAGUUCCUCUGUGGAGAUGGGAGAACCUUCCAGAAGGACAGCCAUCUCUGCAGCACUCCACCAAUCAGGCCUUUUUGGUAGAGUGGCCAGACGGAAGCCACUCCUCAGUAAAAGGCACAUAACAGCCCGCUUGGAGUUUGCCAAAAGGCACCUAAAGGACUCUCAGACCAUGAGAAACAAGAUUCUCUGGUCUGAUGAAACCAAGAUUUAACUCUCUGGCCUGAAUGCCAAGCGUCACGUCUGGAGGAAACCUGGUACCAUCCCUUGGGUGAAGCAUUUUUGGUGGCAGCAUCAUGCUGUGGGGAUGCUUUUCAGUCAGGAUCGAGGGAAAGAUGAAUGGUACAAAGUACAGAGAGAUCCUUGAUUAAAACCUGCUUCAGAGUGCACAGGACCUCAGACUGGGGCGAAGGUUCACCUUCCAACAGGACAACGACCCUAAGCACACAGCCAAGACAACGCAGGAGUGGCUUGGGGACAAGGCUCUGAAUGUCCUUGAGUGGCCCAGCCAGAACCCGGACUUGAACCCAAUCUAUCAUCUCUUGAGAGACCUGAAAAUAGCUGUGCAGCGACGCUCCCCAUCCAACCUGACAGAGCUUGAGAGGAUCUGCAGAGAAGAAUGGGAGGAACUCCCCAAAUACAGGCGUGCCAAGCUUGUAGUGUCAUACCCAAGAAGAUUUGAGGCUGUAAUCGCUGAGUACUGAGUAAAGGGUGUGAAUACUUACGUAAAUGUGAUAUUUCAGUUUCUUAUUUUUAAAACAUCUGCAAACAUUCUAAAAACCUGUUUUUGCUUUGUCAUUGUGGGGUAUUGUGUGUAGAUUGAUGAGGGGAAAAAAUAAUUUAAUCAAUUUUAGAAUACGGCUGUAACGAAACAAAAUGUGGAAAAGGUCAAGGGGUCUGAAUACUUUCCGAAUGCACUGUAUAAUUAAAUUGUGGGACCACAACCAUUUUAAUCACGUUGAUCUUUCCCCAUAAAGAAAAGUUUGAUAUUUUCCCAUUUUUCUAAAUUGGUCUUAAUCUUGACUAGUAGUGGCUCAAAAUGUAGUUUUAAUACCCAAAUAUUUAAUCCCAGUAGGAUCCAAUUUGAAAUUAAAUGUUGUUCCAGAGUAACAUAUGGCAUGAAUUGGCAUUGCUUCCGACUUAUUCCAAUUAAUUUUGUAGCCUGACAAACUAGAAUAUGAUUCAAUACAAGUAAGUAGUCGUGGUACAGACUGAAGAGGAUCGGAGACCAGCAGUAGAAUAUAAUCUGCAUACAUAAGCAGCUUAUGUUAUUUUCUUCCUCCACGUACACCCCUAAUUUCUGUUCUUAUCAUUGUCACAACAGGCUCUAAAACUAUGGUAAACAGGAGAGGGGAGAGCGAGCAACCCUGCCUUGUGCCUCUAGAAAGACAAGAAAAAGGAGACAUAAUUCCAUUCGUCAGUCCUGUUGCUUUAGGAUUGGAAUAGAGGACCCCUAUCCAUUUACAAAAGUCAGGUCCAAAAACAAAUUUUCCCAGGGUUCUUAAGAGAAAAGCCCACUCUACCCUAUCAAAUACCUUCUCAGCAUCUAAGGAGACAGCAGCAGUAUGAACUAUAUUUGAGAGGGUUAAGAGCAUCCUCAUAUUAUUAGUUGAGGUCCUGUUCUUAAUAAAUCCUACUUGGUCAAUAUGUAUGAUAUUAGGUAGGGCCUCUCAAAGCGUAUCACAAGGGUAUUAGUAAGAAUCUUACAAUCCACAUUAAGGAGGCUGAUAGCUCUAAAAUUCCCAGGUUCUGUAGUAUCUCUAUCCUUUUUAGGGAUCAGCGAUAUCAAAGCCUCAUUAAAGGUGUCCGGAAGGGAGCCAUUUUUAAAUGCCUCCUGGUAAACCACUGUCAAUACAGGUACAAGAAUGUCAAUGUACUUUUAUAAUAUUCUACAGGAAGGCCAUCCAGCCCAGGUGACUUCCCUGCUUUCAUAGAGAAAAUGGCGGCUCUAACCUCCUCUUCUGUUAUUUUACAGUCCAGGUCCUCUACCUGGCUAUCUGAUAAUCUAGGUAAUUCUAUACCAGACAAAAAAGUAUCCAUAUCUAUGGGGUUCGCUGAACAGGAGGAUGUACAUAAAUCUUCAUAAAAAUGUUGAAUCACACUGUUUAUCUCUUUGGAUGAGGUCACCAUAUUAUUGCCCUUCUUAAUUUCUGAAAUUACGUUUGAAGUGUUCUGCAUUUUUAGUUGUCUUGCUAGUAGCCUGCCUGUCUUCUCACCUCCCUCAUAACGUUUUGGACGCAUGUGCUAUUAUUUUCCAUCUAAUAUAUGCUUUAGAGGUUUCCCAUACUGUGGAAAUCUUUUCAGUUGAGCCUAUGUUGAUCUCAGAAAAAGAUCUAAGAUAAUCUGCUAGUGUUUGGCUAAAUAUCUCAUCUUGUAAAAGCAUGGUGUUGAGUCUAAAAAAGAAAAAAGUAUAGUCUCUAUCAUUAGGAUGGACUAAUCUCCAUACAGUUGAAGUCGAAAGUUUACAUACAUUUACAUUUUUACAUUUUAGUCAUUUAGCAGACGCUCUUAUCCAGAGCGACUUACAGUCGGGAAUCGAACCCACAACCCUGGCGUUGCAAACGCCAUGCUCUAUCAAUGGCUACCCUGCGGCCAUUCCUCCCUACCGGGCAAUGUCGCCCCCAUGGGCCUCCGGCGAGUCGACGAGCUGAUCGAACCAGAUCGUUUUGACGCGAUGCAGGCCUUAACCACUGCCCACUCAGGAGUACAUAUACACUUAGGUUGGAGUCAUUAAAACUCGUUUUUCCAACACUACACAAAUUUCUUGUAACAAACUAUAGUUUGUGCCAUGACACAAAAAAUUUUCCAACAAUUGUUUACAGCAGAUAUUUAACUUAUAAUUCACUGUAUCACAAUUCCAGUGGGUCAGAAGUUUACAUACACUAAGUGACUGUGCUUUAAACAGCGUGGAAAAUUCCAGAAAACGAUGUCAUGGCUUUAGAAGCUUCUGAUAGGCUAAUUGACAUCAUUUGAGUCAAUUGGAUGUGUACCCGUGGAUGUAUAUUAAGACCUACCUUCAAACUCAGUGCCUCUUUGUUUCACAUCAUGGGAAAAUCAAAAGAAAUCAGCCAAGACCACAGAAAAAGAAUUGUAGAUCUCCACAAGUUUGGUUCAUCCAUGGGAGCAAUUUCCAAAUGCCUGAAGGUACCACGUUCAUCUGUACAAACAAUAGUACGCAAGUAUAAACACCAUGGGACCACGCAGCCGUUAUUCUGCUCAGGAAGGAGAUGUGUUCUGUCUACUAGAGAUGAACGUACUUUGGUGCGAAAAGUGUACAUCAAUCCCAGAACAACAGCAAAGGACCUUGUGAAGAUGCUGGAGGAAACAGGUACAAAAAUAUCUAUAUCCACAGUAAAACAAGUCCUACAUCUGAAAGGCCACUCAGCAAGGAAGAAACCACUGCUCCAAAACCGCCAUAAAAAAGCCAGACUACGGUUUGCAACUGCACAUGGGGACAAAGAUCGUACUUUUUGGAGAAAUGUCCUCUGGUCUGAUUGAACAAAAAUAGAACUGUUUGGCCAUAAUGACCAUCGUUAUGUUUGGAGGAAAAAGGGGAACGCUUGCAAGCCGAAGAACACCAUCCCAACCGUGAAGCACGGGGGUGGCAGCAUCAUGCUGUGGGGGUGCUUUGUUGCAGGAUGGACUGGUGCACUUCACAAAAUAGAUGGUAUCAUGAGGAAGGAAAAUUAUGUGGAUAUAUUGAAGCAACAUCUCAAGACAUCAGUCAGGAAGUUAAAGCUUGGUCGCAAAUGGGUCUUCCAAAUGGACAAUGACCCCAAGCGUACUUCCAAAGUUGUGCCAAAAUGGCUUAAGGACAACAAAGUCAAGGUUUUGGAGUGGCCAUCACAAAGCCCUGACCUCAAUCCUAUAGAAAAUGUGUGGGCAGAACUGAAAAAGCAUGUACGAGCAUGGAGGCCUACAAACCUGACUCAGUUACACCAGCUCUGUCAGGAGGAAUGGCCCAAAAUUCACCCAACUUAUUGUGGGAAGCUUGUGGAAGGCUACCCGAAACGUUUGACCCAAGAUAAACAAUUUAAAGGCAAUGCUACCAAAUACUAAUUGUGUGUAUGUAAAUGUCUGACCCACUGGGAAUGUGAUGAAAUAAAUAAAAGCUGAAAUAAAUAAUUCUCUCUACUAUUAUUCUGACAUUUCACAUUCUUAAAAUAAAGUCCUGAUCCUAACUGACCUAAGACAGGGAAUUUUUACUAGGAUUAAAUGUCAGGAAUUGUGUAAAACUGAGUUUAAAUAUAUUUGGCUAAGGUGUAUGUAAACUUCCGACUUCAACUGUAUGUAUUGCAAGUUUUUUUUUAUAUAUAAUAUUUUCAUUGACAAUGAAUGAAAGACAUUGUAAAUGUGUCCUCUUUUUGUCCCCCUUCGACCCCCUUUGAUUAUUGUCCAGUCAUAUGGUCAAGUGCUGCAAAGAAAGACCUAGUUAAGCUGCAGCUGGUCCAGAACAGAGCGGCACAUCUUGCUCUUCAUUGUAAUCAGAGGGUUAAUAUUAAUACUAUGCAUGCUAGUUUCUCUUGGCUAAGAGUUGAGGAAAGACUGACUGCGUCACUUGCUUUUAUAAGAAACAUGAAUGUGUUGUAAAUUCCAAAUUGUUUGCUAGUCAACUUACACACAGCACUGACACACACUUAACCCACCAGACAUGCCACCAGGGGUCUUUUCACAGACCCCAGGUCCAGAACAAAUUCAAGGAAAUGUACAGUAUUAUACAGAGCCAUGAGUGCAUGGAACUCCCUUCCAUCUUAUAUAGCGCAACUGAACAACAAACCUGGUUUUAAAAAACAAAUAAAAAAACACCUCACAGCACAACACCUCUCCCCCAUGUGACCUACUUGUUGUGUGUAUGUACUGACAUGUAUGUGUAGCUGAUAGAUCCACACACACACUACAUGUUAAUGUUUUUAAAUGUAUGGUAAUGUAUUUGUCUGUAAUGUCUUUUUUGUUUUGUGUUGGACCCCAUUAAGACUAGCUGUCGCCAUUGGCAUUGGCUAAUGGGGAUCCCAAUAAAUCAAAUAAAUCAAAUAAAUAUCCUCUGUAGCUCAGCUGGUAGAGCACGGCGCUUGUAACGCCAAGGUAGUGGGUUCGAUCCCCGGGACCACCCAUACACAAUAAUGUAUGCACGCACGACUGUAAGUAGCUUUGGAUAAAAGCGUCUGCUAAAUGGCAUAUUAUAAUUAUUAUAAAUAUACCAUGGCUGUCAGCCAAUCAGCAUUCAGGGUUCGAACCCUCCAGUUUAUAAUGCUUUGUAACAUGUUACAAGCAUGCAUGAGACUUUAUAAUGUCUCAUAAUAAGGCUUAUAAUAUGUCUAUAUUUAUUCCAUCCUGGUCUUUCUCUCCCUUCCAGAAGCAGAAGUCCAUAGCUGGUGCUGUAGCCUUCUGGAUGGCCAAUGCCUCAGAGCUCCUGAACUUCCUAAAGCAGGACAGAAAUCUAAGCCCCAUCACACUGCAGGCUCAGGAGAACCUGGCACACCUGGUGCACAAAGCUUUCAAGUAAGACAUUACAUAUAGCAAUUAAACUAAAUUAAACUAAUCUGGAUGAAUAAAGGUUAAAUAUUUUUGGAUGGACAAAGCAAUGAUAACUUUUCACCAGUUCACUGAAAAACCUAAAAGAAAUGUAAUAUAAUUUACUCUGACUUUAGUAAGUAAGGAUUGUAGCUGCUGGUCUACUGUAAAGACAUUGAACUGAGCACAUAAGUCAUCUUCACUCAUCAAUCCUCCUGAUGUUGUACAGUAUUGAUAAAGCCGCCUGCCCCCUGUCUGUCUGUCUUUCUGUCUUUUGUUCCUCAAGGUGUUUGACUCAGUGUCUGCUGACUGAUCUGAGCAGACACUUGCCAGCAUUCCUGAUUGAUCCUGAGGGGAGUCAAUCACCUGCCGUAAUAGGUACACCAUGAAUGUUAACCACAACACAAUCUAGUUACCCUAGCCUGCAGCUAGGGUAAUAACCUCUAACUUUCUUUGUUUUAACCCGCAGCUUUCAUAUGUUAGUAUUGAUCCAGUAGAUGUAGAACCAACACCAGCAUGAAAAUCAACACCAGUAUGAUUAUUUUCAAUGUUUUUAAAAUUUGUUUGAAAACUUUUUGUCACUCUAUCCUCCCAUCACCAGAGGGCGUACUGCAAACCCUGAUGGGUGCCAUGUCUCUGCUGCGUCGCUGUAGAAUCAACGCUGCCCUCACCAUCCAGCUGUUCUCCCAACUCUUCCACUCCAUCAGCGCCUGGCUCUUCAACAGGUGAGAGAGGCAGACAUACAGUAGUUGAGGCUUUUAAAUCACGUUUUGAAAACCCACCCUUUUAGCCUGGCCUUUAAUCACUAUUAUUUAACAUAUCUUUUGUGUUUCAUGUUCUUUAAUUAAUCAAUUUUUUUGCAUUCUCUUGUCUUCAUCUCAUUGUUUUUUUUUGAUUUUACUGUGAAGUAUGUUGCAAUUUUAAAUGCACUUUAAAUAAAGUUUGAUUUGAUUCAACAGGCUGCUGAGCCCCAGCCCCCAGGGAGAGGCCUGCUCCCUGGGCCUUAGGUCCCGCUACUGGGGGGCCACCCUCCGCCAGAGGCUUAGCCUGGUGGAGGACUGGGCAGAGAGGCAGGGUCUGGAGCUGGCCGCAGACUGCCACCUCAGCCGUGUCAUACAGGUGGGUGACUUUAUUUUAGUUUAUUUGACCAGGUUAGUCAAAUGUGUCAAAAUUCCUCAAGGUGGGCGUUUAAAGCUAGUUCCUACUUCAUAGUAGGGCUGUUUAAAGGUCCAAUGUAGCCGUUUUUAUCUCAAUAUCAAAUCAUUUCUGGGUAACAAUUAAGUGCCUUACUGUGAUUGUUUUAAAUUAAAAUGGUCAAAAAUAAACAAAAAUAGCUUCUCAGCAAAGAGCAAUUUCUCAAGCAAAAAUGUUGCUAGGACUGUCUGGGAAUGGGGAGGGGAAAACUAGCUGUUAUUGGCAGAGAGGUUUGGAAAUCUCUUUCUUAUUGAUCUAUUAACUAAUUUACCACCAGAACAGGCUUAAACAGGCUUACAUUUCAGGCCGCCUUUCAAACAGCUCUUACACUAAAAGGGCAUUAUCAUAAUUCUCACAAUUUCACAGUAUUAUUCCAAACUCAUAGUGUGGAAAUGUAUAUAAAACACAGGACAUACACCUUUUUUUGUAUAAAUGCCUUCUUGAACAUGUGAACUGUCUUGUGCCUUAAUUACAUGCUUGUAUGGGAUCUGUAAAUAUGAAUACAUUUUUAAAAUUAUGAGCCUGGUUUAGCCAAGGAGAAAGCACUGAGCUGUAUAGGGAGAAAGACAGGAUCCUUCGUGGCUAGCCAUGAUUGGCUGAGAUAAUGGAGGGGUUGAACAUGCCGAGAGAUAAUUCAUUUGAUGAUGCAGUAGUAGCUAUACAUGGUUAUAGAAUAUAUAGGAAAGAUAGAAAUGGAAAUGGAGGAGGUGUUGCCAUGUAUGUCCAGAGUCAUAUUCCUGUUAGGCUGAGAGAGUAUCUCAUGUCAGAUGAUGUGGAAGUAAUAUGGCUACUGGUUCAUCUGCCUCACCUAAAGCCUAUUCUCAUAGGAAGUUGCUAUAGACCACCAAGUGCUAAAAGUCAGUAUUUGGACUAUAUGUGUGAAAUGUUGGGUAAUGUAUGUGAUAUCACAUUGAUACUCCUGUUUGCCACAUCUUCAAUUCAAGCCUAGAAGACGGUGUGUGCCCUCAGACAUGGAGGAGGCAAAAGUCAUUCCGCUACCCAAGAAUAGCAGAGCACCCUUUUAAUGGUUAAAACAGCUGACCAAUCAGCCUGUUACAAGUGCUUAGCAAACUUUUGGAAAAAAUGUUGUUUGAUCAAAUACAAAGUUAUUUUACAGAAAACAGACAGCAUGCUUAUAGGGAACGGCACUCAACAUGCUCGGCACUGACACAAAUGACUGGCUGAAAGAAAUUGAUAAUAAGAAGAUUGUGGGAGCUGUUUUGUUAGACUUCAGUGCAGCUUUUGAUGUCAUUGAUCAUAACCUAUUGCUGAAAAAACAUACAGUACCAGUCAAAAGUUUGGACACACCUACUCAUUCCAGGGUUUUUCUAUAUUUUUACUAUUUUCUACAUUGUAGAAUAAUAGUGAAGACAUCAAAACUAUGAAAUAACACAUUUGGAAUCAUGUAGUAACCAAAAAAGUGUUAAACAAAUCAAAAUAUAUUUUAUAUUUGAGAUUCUUCAAAGUAGCCACUCUUUACCUUGAUGACAGCUUUGCAACUAGCUGUUCCUUUACACGGUACCCCAUCCUGUUUAUCUGUUUAGCAUCAGCCCAAACUUUCGUCGCCACAACCAGCUGUUGUCUUAGCUCUCUCGAAUACACCUGUGAUUGCUUUAUGCCUCUCUCCCAUGUCAAUAUGCCAUGCCUAUUGCUGUUUCGGUUAGUUGUUAUUGUACUAUUUCACUGUAGAGCCCCCAGUCCCACUCAACCUGCCUCAGAUAGCUCCUUUGUCCCACCCCCCAUACACGCGGAGACCGGCUCAAUCGGUGCCUACAGUGAUGCUAUCUCUUUCAUUGUUACCCAACGCUUAGGUUUACCUCCACUGUACUCAUAUCCUUUCACAUCCUUGUAUGUACAUAAUGCCUUGAAUCUAUUCUACAACGCCCGGAAAUCUGCCCCUUUUAUUCUCUGUACCCAACGCUCUAGAAGACCAGUUCUUAAAGCCUUUAGCCGUAUCCUUAUUCUAUUCCUCCUCUGUUCCUCUGGUGAUGUAGAGGUUAACCCAGGCCCUGCAGCCCCCAGUAUCACUCCUACACCCAGGCGCUAUCAUUUGUUGACUUCUGUAACCGUAAAAGACUUGGUUUCUUGCACGUUAACAUCAGAAGCCUCCUCCCUAAGUUUGAAUUAUUCACUGCGUUAGCACACUCCGCCAUCCCUGAUGUUCUAGCAGUGUCUGAAUCCUGGCUUAGGAAGGCCUUGUCUAGAUAGAACUGCCAAAGGGGGCGGAGUUGCAAUCUACUGUAGAGAUAGCCUGCAGAGCUCUAUCAUACUCUCCAGGUCUGUGCCCAAACUGUUUGAGCUUCUACUUCUAAAAAUCCACCUUUCCAGAAAUAAGUCUCUCACUGUUGCCGCUUGCUACAGACCCCCCUCAGCCCCCAGCUGUGCCCUGGACACCAUAUGUGAAUUGAUUGCCCCCCAUCUAUCCUCAGAGUUCGUACUGCUUGGUGACCUAAACUGGGAUAUGCUUAAUACCCCGGCCGUCCUACAAUCUAAACUAGAUGCCCUCAAUCUCACACAAAUUAUCAAGGAACCUACCCGGUACAACCCUAAAUCCGUAAACAUGGGCACCCUCAUAGAUAUCAUCCUGACUAAUUUACCCUCUAAAUACACAUCCGCUGUCUUCAACCAGGAUCUCAGUGAUCACUGCCUCAUUGCCUGCGUCCGUAAUGGGUCUGCGGUCAAACGACCACCCCUCAUCACUGUCAAACGCUCCCUAAAACACUUUAGCGAGCAGGCCUUUCUAAUUGACCUGGCUCGGGUAUCCUGGAUGGAUAUUGACCACAUUCCGUCAGUAGAGGAUGCCUGGUUGUUCUUUAAAAGUGCUUUCCUCUCCAUCUUAAAUAAGCAUGCCCCAUUCAAAAAAUUCUGAACUAAGAACAGAUAUAGCCCCUGGUUCACCCCAGACUUGACUGCCCUUGACCAGCACAAAAACAUCAUGUGGCGUACUGCAUUAUCAUCGAACAGCCCCCGCAAUAUGUAACUUUUCAGUGAAGUCAGGAACCAAUAUACACAAUCAGUUAGGAAAGCAAAAGCUAGCUUUUUCAAACAAAAAUGUGCAUCCUGUAGCACUAACUCCAAAAUGUUUUGGGACACUGUAAAUCCAUGGAGAAUAAGAGCACCUCCUCCCAGCUGCCCACUGCACUGAGGCUAGGAAACACUGUCACCACCGAUAAAACCACGAUAAUCAAACAUUUCAACAAGCAUUUUGCUGCGGCUGGCCAUGCUUUCCACCUGGCUACCCCUACCCCGGCCACGAGCUCUGCACCCUCUGCUGCAACUUGCCCAUGCACCCCUUGCUUCUCCAUCACCCAAAUUCAGACAGCUGAUGUUCUGAAAGAGCUGCAAAAUCUGGACCCCUAUAAAUCAGCUGGGCUAGACAAUCUGGACCCUUUCUUUCUAAAAUUAGCCGCCGAAAUUGUCGCAAUCCCUAUUACUAGCCUGUUCAACCUGCCCUUCGAAAGUUUUUGAAAGCCAAGUUAACAAACAGAUCAUGACCAUUUCGAAUCCCACCGUACCUUCUCCGCUAUGCAAUCUGGUUUCCGAGUUGGACAUGGGUGCACCUCAGCCACGCUCAAGGUCCUAAACGAUAUUAUAACCGUGAUCGAUAAAAGACAGUACUGUGCAGCCGUCUUCAUCGACCUGGCCAAGGCUUUCGACUCUGUCAAUCACCGCAUUCUUAUUGGCAGACUAAAUAGCCUUGGUUUCUCAAAUGACUGCCUCGCCUGGUUCACCAACUACUUUUCAGAUAGAGUUCAAUGUGUCAAAUCGGAGGGCCUGUUGUCUGGACCUCUGGCAGACUCUGUGGGGGUGCCACAGGGUUCAAUUCUUGGGCCGACUCUAUUCUCUGUGUAUAUCAAUGAUGCCGCUCUUGCUGCUGGUGACUGUCAGACCCACCUCUACGCAGACGACACCAUUUUGUAUACAUUUGGCCCUUCAUUGGACACUGUUUUAACAAACCUCCAAACGAGCUUCAAUGCCAUACAACACCCCUUCCGUAGCCUCCAACUGCUCUUAAAUGCUAGUAAAACUAAAUGCAAGCUCUUCAAUCGAACGCUGCUUGCUCCCGCCCGCCCGACUAGAAUCACUACUCUCGGCGGGUCUGAAUUAGAUUAUGUGGACAACUACAAAUACCUAGGUGUCUGGUUAGACCGUAAACUCUCCUUCCAGACUCAUAUUAAGCAUCUCCAAUCCAAAGUUAAAUCUAGAAUUGGCUUCCUAUUUCGCAACAAAGCCUCCUUCACUCAUGCUGCCAAACAUGCCCUCGUAAAACUGACUAUCCUACCGAUCCUUGACUUCGGCAAUGUCAUUUACAAAAUAGCCUCCAACACUCUACUCAGCAAAUUGGAUGUAGUCAUUCAUAGUGCCAUCCGUUUUGUCACCAAAGCCCCAUAUACUACCCACCAUUGUGACCUGUACGCUCUCGUUGGCUGGCCCUCACUACAUAUUCAUCCCAAACCCACUGGCUCCAGGUCAUCUAUAAAUCACUGCUAGGCAAAUCCCCGCCUUAUCUUAGCUCAUUGGUCACCAUAACAACACCCACCCAUGGUAUGCGCUCCAGCAGGUAUAUCUCACUGGUCAUCCCCAAAGCCAACACCUCCUUUGGCCGCCAUUCCUUCCAAUUCUCUGCUGCCAAUGACUGGAAUUAACUGCAAAAAUCUCUGAAGCUGGAGACUCUUAUCUCCUUCACUAACUUUAAGCAUCAGUUGUCAGAGAAGCUUACCGAUCACUGCACCUGUACACAGCCCAUCUGUAAUUAGCCCACCCAACUACCUCAUCCCCAUAUUGUUAUUUAUUUUGCUCAUUUGCACCCCAGUAUCUCUAUUUGCACAUCACCUUUUGCACAUCUGUCUCUCCAGCGUUAAUAAUAAAUUGUAAUUAUUUUUCACUAUGACCUAUUUAUUGCUUUACCUCCAUAACUUACUACAUUUGCACACACUGUAUAUAGAUUUUAUAUUGUGUUUUUGACUGUAUGUUUUGUUUAUCCCAUAUGUAACUCUGUGUUGUUGUUGUUUUUAUCGCACUGCUUUGCUUUACAGUGAGGGAAAAAAGUAUUUGAUCCCCUGCUGAUUUUGUAUGUUUGCCCACUGACAAAGAAAUGAUCAGCCUAUCAUUUUAAUGGUAGGUUUAUUUGAACAGUGAGAGACAGAAUAACAACAAAAGAAUCCAGAAAAACGAAUGUCAAAAAUGUUAUCAAUUGAUUUGCAUUUUAAUGAGGGAAAUAAGUAUUUGACCCCCUCUUAAUCAGAAAGAUUUCUGGCUCCCAGGUGUCUUUUAUACAGGUAACGAGCUGAGAUUAGGAGCACACUCUUAAAGGGAGUGAUCCUAAUCUCAGCUUGUUACCUGUAUAAAAGACACCAGUCCACACAAGCAAUCAAUCAAUCAGAUUCUAAACUCUCCACCAUGGCCAAGACCAAAGAGCUCUCCAAGGAUGUCAAGGACAAGAUUGUAGACCUACACAAGGCUGGAAUGGGCUACAAGACCAUCGCCAAGCAGCUUGGUGAGAAGGUGACAACAGUUGGUGCGAUUAUUCGCAAAUGGAAGAAACACAAAAGAACUGUCAAUCUCCCUCGGCCUGGGGCUCCAUGCAAGAUCUCACCUCGUGGAGUUGCAAUGAUCAUGAGAACGGUGAGGAAUCAGCCCACAACUACACGGGAGGAUCUUGUCAAUGAUCUCAAGGCAGCUGGGACCAUAGUCACCAAGAAAACAAUUGGUAACACACUACGCCGUGAAGGACUGAAAUCCUGCAGCGCCCGCAAGGUCCCCCUGCUCAAGAAAGCACAUAUACAGGAGGCCCGUCUGAAGUUUGCCAAUGAACAUCUGAAUGAUUCAGAGGUGAACUGGGUGAAAGUGUUGUGUUCAGAUGAGACCAAAAUUGAGCUCUUUGGCAUCAACUCAACUCGCCGUGUUUGGAGGAGGAGGAAUGCUGCCUAUGACCCCAAGAACACCAUCCCCACCAUCGAACAUGGAGGUGGAAACGUUAUGCUUUGGGGGUGUUUUUCUGCUAAGGGGACAGGAUAACUUCACCACAUCAAAGGGACGAUGGACGGGGCAAUGUACCGUCAAAUCUUGGGUGAGAACCUCCUUCCCUCAGCCAGGGCAUUGAAAAUGGGUCGUGGAUGGGUAUUCCAGCAUGACAAUGACCCAAAACACACGGCCAAGGCAACAAAGGAGUGGCUCAAGAAGAAGCACAUUAAGGUCCUGGAGUGGCCUAGCCAGUCUCCAGCCCUUAAUCCCAUAGAAAAUCUGUGGAGGGAGCUGAAGGUUCGAGUUGCCAAACGUCAGCCUCGAAACCUUAAUGGUUUGGAGAAGAUCUGCAAAGAGGAGUGGGACAAAAUCCCUCCUGAGAUGUGUGCAAACCUGGUGGCCAACUACAAGAAACGUCUGACCUCGGUGAUUGCCAACAAUGGUUUUGCCAUCAAGUACUAAGUAAUGUUUUGCAGAGGGGUCAAAUACUUAUUUCCCUCAUUAAAAUGCAAAUCAAUUUAUAACAUUUUUGACAUGCGUUUUUCUGGAUUUUUUUGUUGUUAUUCUGUCUCUCACUGUUCAAAUAAACCUACCAUUAAAAUUAUAGACUGAUCAUUUCUUUGUCAGUGGGCAAACGUACAAAAUCAGCAGGGGAUCAAAUACUUUUUUCCCUCACUGUAGCUAUGGAAAAUUGCAAGUGUUGCUACAGCUCAACAACAUUGCUGCCCUGAAUUUAGCUGGUGCUAUCGAUAAAGCACAGUGGGAGAAGAAAGACAUUUCUGGAGGACAAUGUCAAGCUAACUCACAUGCGUUUACAUGUGAAUUCUUAAAGAGAUGGGUGGGGCUAAGGCUUAAGAGGGUGUGAACAAUGUUGAAUGGGCGUAAACGAAGAAGAGCUCUCUAGCAAAUGUGAAAAUCUCCUUAUAAUCUUUCAAGGGUAUUUUCUCCUACUUGUGGUUUUACAAGUUUAUAAUUUUUCAAAGCAGCAUAAUUUUCCCAUGUUUCCUCUGUCAACUACAGUGUAUGAUAUACCGUAAAGCCAACAUUUGACUUAAACUUAGAUAGAGAUGUGCCGUCACAAAUUAAACAGCUGAAGCAAGCACACACAUUUUCUUCAGGAAAUGUACCUUUUCUAGUUGAGAUUUAGAAUCUCAUUUUCAAGACUUGUGUUUACCCCACCACUUAACCCAUGCCAUUUAUAGAAAUGUGUAUCUUAUCAGGUUCAAGGUAGUAAAGAUGUGAUUUGAUUGAUGGCUAUUUUCUAGGUAACAAUGCUGUUGACCAUGAACAAGUGCUCCAUUCAAGAUUCUGAGAACAUCCAGAAUACCUGCUUCAAGUUAAACUCCUUGCAGCUUCGAACGCUGAUGACCAGCUACCUCUACGAUACCAACGAGCCCCGCAUUCCCCCUGUGAGUCCUAGCCAAGUCCUUCAAUUAGUAAUUAAUUGUUUGUAAACAUUUAUAAACAUUUAUGGGCAUUUAUAAACAUUAUAAGCAUUGUAAAUCAUACUGUGGGUAUAUGUAUUUGUAUGUGUAUUUUAUAUGUAUAUUUCUCAAAUAAAACCAAUCAACAUCAAAUAAAUGAUAAAGCAUUUAUAAUGGCUUAUUCAUGAAAGUUAUUGUAAAGUGUAACCAAAAACACAGGUUUUUCAAAUAUCCUUCAUGUCUUUUUCCUCUGCCCUUUCAGGGUGUGAUUGACAGGGUGGUGGCGGCUGCAGAGGCCAGUGCUGAUGAGGUGUUGCGUAAUGAAGGGCAGGACCUCCAGCUGGAGGAGGGGCUAGACCUCCACCUGCCCUUCCUGCUCCCUGAGGAAGGCUACUCUUGUGACACGGUCAGGGGCAUCCCACAGGGCUUCAGAGAGUUCCUGGAACCUAUCUGCCGCAAAGGUACUGUAGUAAACUGCUUUUUAAAAACGUUUUUAAUGUGAUUACGCUUGCAUUCAACUUUUUUUGUCAUUAAGGUUUGCUGAACUUUGACUAAUUAGUUUCAGUAUAAAACAGACUAAACUGGUAUAAAACAUUUGCCUUGUUGAGGCAUUAUCCAGGAUGAUAAAAGGCUAUAUUGUAGGUAAAAUGCAUGAUACACGUGACACAAAACAAUGCACUCACUGUACAGCAUGCAUUGUGUGUUGUGUCUGUGUAUAGUUAUCUAAAUAGGCUGUGCUCUCUCUUCCUAUAGGUCUCUGCACUCUGAUCUCUCACCCCCACUCUGGUGGCGCCUGGACCAUCUUCUUCAACAGAGCAAACAAUUUCUCUGCACAGGACGCAAACCUGGUACACUUUUUAAAAAACAUAUCCAUAUUUUUAACAUAUCCAUCUGUAAUACCUCUUUCUUAUUGUGAUCUCUUCUCUGUUUCUUUCAUUUAGCCACUGCAUAGAGAACCUGAUGUUGUGACUAUUAAACUGAAGAAACCCUUGAACAGUGGAAUGGGGGUCAGCAUCGUGGCGGCCAAAGUACAAAUUAAUUAAUUAAUCCAUCCAUCUAUCCAUCCAUCCAUCCAUCCAUCCAUCCAUCCAUCCAUCCAUCCAUUUAUUCAUUCAUUUUCCAUCCAUCCAUCCAUCCAUUAAUUAAUUCAUUAAUUCAUCCAACAAUCAGUGACAAGAAUCCAUCUUUUGCCCCAUCUACAGGGAGCAGGACAAGACAACCUUGGGAUUUACAUCAAGUCUAUAGUCAAGGGAGGACCAGCAGAAAUGGUUAGAAAACUAUAGUACAAUUCAAAUAAUGCCUGUUGACUGGAUGCAGUAUGUAAUAACAUUUCGAUACAUUUGAAUGAACAUCAUGGAUAUCUCAUAAAAAAUCUUAUGUUCCACAUGUGUUUCCAUGCUGUUGUGUUGGACAGGAUUGCAGGUUAACUGCUGGGGACCAGUUGCUGUGUGUGGAUGGACACAGUCUCGUGGGACUCUCACAGGAAAGGUAGAUAACAUUCUAACUUUCUACAUUCAGAUCAGAGUUGAGCAGUUGGAAAUCCCGCUCAUCGCGCUCCAUGUCAUUUCCAACCACUCCGCUAAAAACUGCUCGUAGCUCACAGGAAAGAAAACUGCUGCUCCAAAUUCGCUCCAUUCAUUAAAAUCACAAUUUAAUCAACACCCAUCUAUUUUUGUGACUACCUGGACCUACCAUUUCGUUUUGAAGUAUUGAAGUAUUGAGCCUAAGAAGGAACGAAAAUGAAUUAUUUGGGCUAUAUUAUUUCAAUUAUUUCAAGGCUAUAGCCUACAAAGAAAUACAUUGUGAAGCAUUUGCGAGUGUGACAAUAGGCUGGUAGCGACAUAAAGCGCUCAGCAUUUAAACAACAUUUAGUUGUAUUAAAUCAUUAUAGUCUAUAAAUUUCGCAUAUAGGCUGUUACUUAGAAUUAAAAGAUAAAUGACUUUUUAGUGCCUUUUGAAUUUGUGAGAGUGUGAUUUGAAGGAGUCAGGCGCAGGAGGGUAAAUCACAGAAUACAGAGUUUAUUCCGUAGUGCACAGUUAAGCUGGAUAGCGUCAACAGUCCAGUGCGCAAAACAGGCGCACUGGAACAAAUACAGGCACACAGGGAAAAUAUACCUCGGCAAUACAAAGUACAGGUAGCUCCACCGAGCUACACUCAUCUCACAUGAAACAAUCACCCAUAAGGACAAGGGGGCAGAGGGAACACUUAUACAUGUACUAAUGAGGGGAAUAUGAACCAGGUGUGUGUAAUUGACAAGAGAAGACAAAUGGAAUGAUGAGAUAUGGAGUGGCAGUGGCUAGAAGGCCGGUGACGACGAACGCCGAAGCCUGCCCGAACAAGGAGGGGAGGCAGCUUCGGAGGAAGUCGUGACAGAAUUCGUUUUUAGAAACAUUAGUUUGGCCAAUCUGUGGCUUCAGGCUCAUGCGAUGAUGCCUGGACAGCAGGCCAGCAGAGGAGAAUAUCCUCUCCACACUUGCAGAGCCACUGGGGAUGAGACAACAACUGCAAUUGGACAAUAGAACAAAUAGGGCUGAGCUUGCUUCAUGCAGGGUGCAUAAUCUAUAAAUAAAACGUUUUUCACACAGUAUACACUACCGGUCAAAAGUUUUAGAACACCUACUCAUUCAAGGGUUUUUCUUUAUUUUUACUAUUUUCUACAUUAUAGAAUAAUAGUGAAGACAUCAAAACUAUGAAAUAACACAUAUGGAAUCAUGUAGUAACCAAAAAAGUGUAAAACAAAUCAAAAAAAAAAAAGCCACCAUUUGCCUUGAUGACAGCUUUGCACACUCUUGGCAUUCUCGCAACCAGCUUCAUGAAGUAGUCACCUGGAAUGCAUUUCAAUGAACAGGUGUGCCUUCUUAAAAAUUAAUUUGUGGAAUUUCUUUCCUUAAUGCGUUCGAGCCAAUCAGUUAUGUUGUGACAAGGUAGGGGGGUAUAUAGAAGAUAGCCCUAUUUGGUAAAAGUCCAUAUUAUGGCAAGAAAAGCUCAAAUAAGCAAAGUGAAACGACAAACUCUCUUCAUCCUCCUCCUUCUAGAUUAGGGAGGCUAAAGCCUCACGUACUCAAUGCUCUCUCUCUCUAUAUAUCUCUAUUCUCUCUUCUUAUCUAUAUCUAUCUCUAUUCUAUAGCUGUAUCUAUCUAUAUCUCUCUAUAUCUUCUCUAUAUCAUUCUAUCUCUUCUCUUAGCUAUAAUAUAUCUAAUAUAUCUCUCGUCCUCUCUCUCUCUCUCUCUCUCUCUCUCUUCUCGCUUCUCUCUAUCUCUCUCUUCUCUCUCUCUAUCUCUCUCUUCUCUCUCUCUCUCUCUCUCUCUCUCUCCGCUCUCUUUCUGUCACUAGGUCAUGCAGUAUCAUUGGUUGGCAUUGGGAAAUGACACAAAAUUAACACAUUCAAAUUGCUAGAGCUUUUUGUUUUACAUUGUCUUUCACUUUGAAGACACUAUCUACGAGUGGCGAUGGCCCGUAGUAAAGUAGACAGUUGACAUGGGCCACAAUCUAGUAAGUGAUGCCAUCGCAACAUGGCUCCUCAUGUUUAACUCUCUCUCUGCCACUCAAAUUGAUGUUGCCUCAUACCACUUUCGAACAUUGUGCUCAUAUAUAGUAAUCUCAUCUUCUUUCACAAAAGAAUGCAGUUCUCCAAGCUUGCUGAAACUAUCCCGAAAGGUAGGUUUUCAUUUUGAGCUCUGACCCCUACAGAAAGAUACUGUUGUUAGAGUGCUGACUGUGAUAAAAAGAGUAUCCUAUAGAUUCUUAAUUCCCAUCCUCAUUCAGAAUAAAUGUGUAACUGGUAACAAUAUAAAGAUAUUGAAGCACAUUUGAUUACUAUGCUAGUAGUUAUUGCAUAAGAAAAUGUUAUGUGUGGGGUUCCCAUAGUUUAAUCCAGUAAAAUAACGUUAUAUAGUGCCUCUUUCAGCCCUUAUGCUGCCUGUCACCCAGUCAUUUAUGAUGCAGUUAUAUCACUUUAUUAAGGCCACUAAAUGUCUAUAGGCCUAUCAUGCAAACAUUUCAUGAAAACAAACACUUCUAACUCAUUACGUUUGUACAAAUACAAAGCUUUCAAUCAAUCAUUCACUGGUGUGUCCAUCACUAUAAUUUCCAUUCUGACAUUACAUGUAUCCAUAACCGAGUCGUUCUAUACCAUCAAAGUACAGUUCUAGGCAAAAAAAAUCAGAUGAAAAAAAAUAAAUGUAAAGAAAUGUGUUAAAAAUAAUAAUAAUCACAAAAGUAGUGCACUGGGCCUUUACUAGUCCUGUAUUAGCGGACCGAUAUAGCAGUCUGUAGCGCAGGAAUUAUUUUGUCCUCAAUCCACCAAAGCCUUUAGCGGGGACACACCUGUCAGAAUUAUAGGCUGUUUUCCUUUCUUCCUGAAGACUAGAACUACCUAACUAGCUGGUAAAUGAGGCUUUUCCCCAAAGCAUGUUGGCAAGACCGCUAAUACAUCCUCCCCUCGCACAAAGGCUCAAAAUGCUUGAAUUUGCUCCUUUUUUAAUUCAAUUCCUAAGUUGGUCAUUACCAUUUGGCAGUGUCGUCUCUCUAUCUUCUUUUCAGAAAGCUCCAUCACUGGGUUUUUCUCCCCACAGUUUUAGUUAGCUAGGCUAGCUAGCCAGCUAGCCUAACUUUAGCUUGGCUUGUUUACCUCUCUAGUGGGGGCGUAGCAAAUUGACGAGGAAGCGUGGAGGGCGUUGCUCAUACAAAUAGCGUGCAUAUGAGAACCAAUCAAAAAGUCGCUCAAAGUCACUAAAAUGUUUAGCUAACCUCCCCUUUUACAAGCCCGAGAUACUAGACCAGUGAGUCACAGCUCGCUGUGUAGUCAUGUGGGUCGCGUGUCAGCCAGGCUAACUUUCAGGUCCUUUGUUAGUGUGACAGAUAGAAAAACAGCUUCUAUCUCAAGGCCAUCAGACUGUUAAAUAGCCAUCACUAGCACAUUAGAGGCUGCUGCUGCCUAUUGAAAUCACUGGCCACUUUAAGAAAUGGAACACUAGUCACUUUAAUAAUGUUUACAUAUCUUGCACUACUCAUCUCAUAUGUAUAUACUGUAUUCUAUUCUAUAAUAUUCUACUUUAUCUUAGUCCAUGCCGCUCUGUCAUUGCUUCUCCAUAUAUGUAUAUAUUCUUAAAUUCCAUUCCUUACUAGAUUUGUGUGUAUUGGGUAUAUGUUGUGAAAUUGUUAGAUAUUACUUGUUAGAUAUUACUGCACUGUCGGAGCUAGAAGCACAAGCAUUUCACUACACCUGCAAUAACAUCUGCUAAACACGUGUAUGUGACAAAUAACAUUUGAUUUGAUUUGAUUUAUUGAAAAGCUGACUAACACAUUUUUCACACUAUUGCGUCGAUCCAAGCCAGCCAAACUGUGCUGGCUCUGAUAUUUUUGUUUCACAUGGUAUUUCUCAGCACAGUCCCAGCAACUAUGGUAGGUAUAACCAGGCCAGCUCAGGACAGCUUGAUUUGGCUUGGCUCAUUUUGGCUAGUAUUUUGCAACCCUAGAUGCAGGUGACAUUAUGCUGGCUUGCAACGUGAUGUGUAAUUUAUAUUGGAAUCCAGAAUUAUGAUAUCCAACAGUUGGAAUUUUCAUUCACCCGCAACCUGCAUUCAGAAUGACUGUCAGGGUUAGGAACAUUGUGAGGAGACUGCUUAAACCAGUUAAACUGGAAAAAACAUUUCAGUAAUGGGUGCAAAAAAUCUGACUGAUGGAUUAGUUUAGAAAAAUUUACGUUAUUUUCAGGUCCUUUGUUAGUGUGACAUUUUUCUUUAUGAAGGUCCGACAGAUAACUAUUCUGUCGUGAAACCUGAUGUGAUUGAUUUGUUUUGGAAACAAUCUGCAAUAGUUAAAGCUGUUCAAUGGUCAUUUCAAUUACACUGAAAAACAAAUAAAGGAUUAUGCCUUGAAAACAUGAUGAAUUGACAGUGAUUGAUGUGGUCUUAUCUUGAUUGUAGGGCAGCAGGCAUAAUGAUGCGCACUGGGCCAGUUGUGACUCUACAGGUUGCUAAGCAGGAGGCAACGUACCAUGGUCUGGCUGCCCUGCUAGAUGAACCACAUUCAGUAGCAACUACAGGUACGAGCAGAACAAAGGCAAUAUUCUCUCUGUAUUGUUAUCAUUUCCCCCUGAACAGUCCCUCAACAGAGGUCUAAUGAUCGAAGACCAAAACCAAAUUCAGAUCAUUUCAUUUCAUGGCUUCCUGUUAGUAGUUAUUUUCCACAAUGAAUGGUAGGAAUAGUCUUUCUCAAUUAAUAGUAUAUCUACACCUAGAUUUUCUAGAUCUAACCAACCUUUUUAUGAUUCCCCCAGAUUUGGAUGGUAGUGGCCCCACCAGCAGCAGCCAUGCUAAGCCGAACGGCAAGGCCCUGAUCCUGUAUGAUGGCAUGGAGCAGAGUCCUGGGCCCUCAGGACUAUGGGGUAAUAACCACCAUGGAGGGAACAGGAGACAGAGAGAACAGACCCUGCUGAAGAACAGACAGCUAUACCGCUCCAACCCCAACAUGAUCAGUGAGUCUAACAAUAGUGUUCUUAUUAGGCCUAUCAUGCAAACGUUUGAAGUAAGUAUGGCGCCGACGAAGAUGGCGGCCUCGCGACUAGCUCUUAGGAAACUUUCAGUGUAUUCGUCUAAAAUAAUUUAGACGAAUACACUGAAACGGUGACUGAGUUUAUCAGGAAGUGUAUAGGUGAUGUUGUGCCCACUGUGACUAUUAAAACCUACCCUAACCAGAAACCGUGGAUAGAUGGCAGCAUUCGUGCAAAACUGAAAGCGCGAACCACAGCAUUUAACCAUGGCAAGGUGACUGGGAAUAUGGCAGAAUACAAACAGUGUAGCUACUCACUCCGCAAGGCAAUUAAACUGGCAAAACAUCAGUAUAGAGACAAAGUGGAGUCGCAAUUCAACAGCUCAGAUGAGGCAGGGUCUACAGACAAUCACGGACUACAAAAGGAAAAUCAGCCACGUCGCCGACACUGACGUCUCGCUUCCAGACAAGCUAAACACCUUCUUCACCCGCUUUGAGGAUAACACAGUGCCACCGACGAGGCCCACUACCAAGGACUGUAGCCUCUCCUUCUCCGUGGCCGACGUGAGUAAGACAUUUAAGCAUGUUAACCCCAGCAAGGCUGCCGGCCCAGACGGCAUCCCUAGCCACGUCCUCAGAGCAUGCGCAGACCAGCUGGUUGGUGUGUUUACGGACAUAUUCAAUCUCUCCCUUUCCCAGUCUGCUAUAGUCAAUUCUUACUGUUCCUGUAUUCAAGAAAGCAAAGGUAACUGAACUAAAUGACUAUCGCCCCGUAGCACUCACCUCUGUCAUCAUGAAGUGCUUUGAGAGACUAGUCAAGGAUCAUAUCACCUCUACCUUACCUGUCGCCCUAGACCCACUUCAAUUUGCUUACUGCCCCAAUAGAUCCACAGACGAUGCAAUCGCCAUCACACUGCACACUGCCCUAUCCUAUCUGGACAAGAGGAAUACCUAUGUAAGAAUGCUGUUCAUUGACUAUAGCUCAGCAUUCAACACCAUAGUACCCUCCAAGCUCAUCAUUAAGCUCGAGAUCCUGGGUCUGAACCCCGCCCUGUGCAACUGGGAAAAUAACCUCUCACUCAACGUCAACAAAACAAAGGAGAUGAUCGUGGACUUCAAGAAACAGCAGAGGGUGCACCCCCCUAUCCACAUUCACGGGACCGCAGGUGGAAAGCUUCAAGUUCCUUGGCGUACACAUCACUGACAAACUGAAAUGGUCCACCCACGCAGACAGUGUGGUGAAGAAGGCGCAACAGAGCCUCUUCAACCUCAGGAGGCUGAAGAAAUUUGGCUUGGCACCUAAAACCCUCACAAACUUUUACAGAUGCACAAUUGAGAGCAUCCUGUUAGGCUGUAUCACAGCCUGGUACGGCAACUGCACCGCCCGCAACCGCAGGGCUCUCCAGAGGGUGGUGCAGUCUGCUGAACACAUUCCCGGGCGCAAACUACCCGCCAUCCAAGACACCUACAGCACCCGAUGUCACAGGAAGGCCAAAAAGAUCAUCAAGGACAUCAACCACCUGAGCCACUGCCUGUUCACCCCGCUAUCAUCCAGAAGACGAGGUUAGUACAAGUGCAUCAAAGCUGGGACCGAGAAAAUGAAAAACAGCUUCUAUCUCAAGGCCAUCAGACUGUUAAAUAGCCAUCACUAGCACAUUAGAGGCUGCUGCUAACUAUUGAAAUCACUGGCCAGUGGCCACUUUAAGAAAUGGAGCACUUUAAUAAUGUUUACAUAUCUUGCACUACUCAUCUCAUAUGUUUAUACUGUAUUCUAUUCUAUAAUAUUCUUAGUCCAUGCCGCUUUGUCAUUGCUUGUCCAUAUAUGUAUAUAUUCUUAAAUUCUAUUCCUUACUUAGUUUUGUGUGUAUUGGGUAAAUGUUGUGAAACUGUUAGAUAUUACUUGGCUCUGUCAUAUCCUCACAUGGCCUCUCCUAUCAUUGCUACGCUGACGAUACACAACUAAUCUUCUCCUUUCCCCCUUCUGAUAACCAGGUGGCGAAUCGCAUCUCUGCAUGUCUGGCAGACAUAUCAGUAUGGAUGACGGAUCACCACCUCAAGCUGAACCCUGGCAAGACGGAGCUGCUCUUCCUCCCGGGGAAGGACUGCCCGUUCCAUGAUCUCGCCAUCACGGUUGACAACUCCGCUGUGUCCUCCUCCCAGAGUGCGAAGAGCCUAGGCGUGACCCUGGACAACACCCUGUCGUUCUCCGCCAACAUCAAGGCGGUGACCCGCUCCUGCAGGUUCAUGCUCUACAACAUUCGGAGAGUACGACCCUGCCUUACACAGGAAGCGGCACAGGUCCUAAUCCAGGCACUUGUCAUCUCCCGUCUGGACUACUGCAACUCGCUGUUGGCUGGCCUCCCUGCCUGUGCCAUUAAACCCCUACAACUCAUCCAGAAUGCCGCAGCCCGUCUGGUGUUCAACCUUCCCAAGUUCUCUCACGUCACCCCCCUCCUCCGCACACUCCACUGGCUUCCAGUUGAAGCUCGCAUCCGCUACAAGACCAUGGUGCUUGCCUAUGGAGCAGUGAGGGGAACGGCACCUCUGUACCUUCGGGCUCUGAUCAGUCCCUACACCCAAACGAGGGCAUUGCGUUCAUCCACCUCUGGCCUGCUGGCUCCCCUUCCUCUGCGGAAGCAUAGUUCCCGCUCAGCCCAGUCAAAACUGUUCGCUGCUCUGGCACCCCAAUGGUGGAACAAGCUCCCUCACGACGCCAGGACAGCGGAGUCACUCACCACCUUCCGGAGGCAUUUGAAACCCCACCUCUUUAAGGAAUACCUGGGAUAGGAUAAAGUAAUCCUUCUACCCCCCCCCCCCCCCCCCCCCCCCCCCCCCCCAAAAAAAUUGUAAAGUGGUUAUCCCACUGGCUAUAGGGUGAACGCACCAAUUGGUGAGUCGCUCUGGAUAAGAGCGUCUGCUAAAUGACGUAAAUGUGCCCUUGAGCAAGGCACUUAACCCUAAUUGCUCCUGUAAGUCGCUCUGGAUAAGAGCGUCUGCUAAAUGACUAAAAUGUAAAUGUAAAAUGUAGAUAUUACUGCACUGUCGGAGCUAGAAGAACAAGCAUUUCGCUACACCCGCAAUAACCUUGCUAAACACGUGUAUGUGACAAAUAAAAUUUGAUUUGAUUAUAUUUAUUGAAAAGCUGACUAACACCCUUUUCACACUAUUGCGUCGAUCCAAGCCAGCCAAACUGUGCUGGCUCUGAUAUUUUUGUUUCACAUGGUAUUUCUCAGCACAGUCCCAGCAACUAUGGUAGGUAUAACCAGGCCAGUUCAGUACAGCUUGAUUUGGCUUGGCUCAGUUUGGCUAGUAUUUUGCAACCCUAGAUGCAAAUGACAUUAUGCUGGCUUGCAACAUGAUGUGUAAUUUAUAUUGGAAUCCAGAAUUAGGAUAUCCAACAGUUGGAAUUUUCAUUCACCCGCAACCUGCAUUCAGAAUGACUGUCAGGGUUAGGAACAUUGUGAGGAGACUACUUAAACCAGUUAAACUGGAGAAAAAAAACAUUUCAGUAACGGGUGCAAAUCUGAAAAAUGUACGUCAUUUAUCUUUGUGUUGCAUAAGCAACAACCUGCAGUAGAGCGUGCUGGGAAAUAUGAUACAAAUGAUUUCUAAGGGUAUAAUAAUAAUACUGUAGUCUUUUUACGGUACCAAAUACUUUUUUUUUUACCAUUGUUUUAUAAUAACUUACAGGUACAGUGCCUUGCAAAAGUAUUCAUCCCCCUUGCCAUUUUUCCUAUUUUGUUGCAUUACAACCUGUAAUCUAAAUGGAUAUUUAUUUGGAUUGCAUGUAAUGGACAUUCACAAAAUAGUCCAAAUUGGUGAAGUGAAAUGAAAAAAAUAACUUGUUUUUAAAACAUUAUACAAAAUAAAUAACGGAAAAGUGUUCAAAUCAAAUUGGCCACAUGCGCCGAAUACAACACGUGCAGACAUUACAGGGAAAUGCUUACUUACAGCCCUUAACCAACAGUGCAUUUAUUUUUAACAAAAAAGUAAAAAUGAAACAACAACAAAAAAGUGUUGAGAAAAAAAGAGCAGAAGUAAAAUAAAAUAACAGUAGGGAGGCUACAUAUACAGGGGGGUACCGGUGCAGAGUCAAUGUGCGGGGGCACCGGCUAGUUGAGGUAGUUGAAGUAAUAUGUACAGUGGGGGAAAAAAGUAUUUAGUCAGCCACCAAUUGUGCAAGUUCUCCCACUUAAAAAGAUGAGAGAGGCCUGUAAUUUUCAUCAUAGGUACACGUCAACUAUGACAGACAAAAUGAGGAAAAAAAAUCCAGAAAGUCACAUUGUAGGAUUUUUAAUGAAUUUAUUUGCAAAUUAUGGUGGAAAAUAAGUAUUUGGUCAAUACCAAAAGUUUCUCAAUACUUUGUUAUAUACCCUUUGUUGGCAAUGACACAGGUCAAACGUUUUCUGUAAGUCUUCACAAGGUUUUCACACACUGUUGCUGGUAUUUUGGCCCAUUCCUCCAUGCAGAUCUCCUCUAGAGCAGUGAUGUUUUGGGGCUGUUGCUGGGCAACACGGACUUUCAACUCCCUCCAAAGAUUUUCUAUGGGGUUGAGAUCUGGAGACUGGCUAGGCCACUACAGGACCUUGAAAUGCUUCUUACGAAGCCACUCCUUCGUUGCCCGUGCGGUGUGUUUGGGAUCAUUGUCAUGCUGAAAGACCCAGCCACGUUUCAUCUUCAAUGCCCUUGCUGAUGGAAGGAGGUUUUCACUCAAAAUCUCACGAUACAUGGCCCCAUUCAUUCUUUCCUUUACACGGAUCAGUCGUCCUGAUCCCUUUGAAGAUAAACAGUCCCAUAGCAUGAUGUUUCCACCCUAAUGCUUCACAGUAGGUAUGGUGUUCUUUGGAUGCAACUCAGCAUUCUUUGUCCUCCAAACACGACGAGUUGAGUUUUUAUCAAAAAGUUAUAUUUUGGUUUCAUCUGACCAUAUGACAUUCUCCCAAUCCUCUUCUGGAUCAUCCAAAUGCACUCUAGCAAACUUCAGACGGGCCUGGACAUGUACUGGCUUAAGCAGGGGGACACGUCUGGCACUGCAGGAUUUGAGUCCCUGGCGGCGUAGUGUGUUACUGAUGGUAGGCUUUGUUACUUUGGUCCCAGCUCUCUGCAGGUAAUUCACUAGGUCCCCCCGUGUGGUUCUGGGAUUUUUGCUCACCGUUCUUGUGAUCAUUUUGACCCCACGGGGUGAGAUCUUGCGUGGAGCCCCAGAUCUAUGGAGAUUAUCAGUGGUCUUGUAUGUCUUCCAUUUCCUAAUAAUUGCUCCCACAGUUGAUUUCUUCAAACCAAGCUGCUUACCUAUUGCAGAUUCAGUCUUCCCAGCCUGGUGCAGGUCUACAAUUUUGUUUCUGGUGUCCUUUGACAGCUCUUUGGUCUUGGCCAUAGUGGAGUUUGGAGUGUGACUGUUUGAGGUUGUGGACAGGUGCCUUUUAUACUGAUAACAAGUUCAAACAGGUGCCAUUAAUACAGGUAACGAGUGGAUGACAGAGGAGCCUCUUAAAGAAGAAGUUACAGGUCUGUGAGAGCCAGAAAUCUUGCUUGUUUGUAGGUGACCAAAUACUUAUUUUCCACCAUAAUUUGCAAAUAAAUUCAUUAAAAAUCCUACAAUGUGAUUUCUUGGAGAAAAAAAUCUCAAUUUGUCUGUCAUAGUUGAUGUGUACCUAUGAUGAAAACUACAGGCCUCUCUCAUCUUUUUAAGUGGGAGAACUUGCACAAUUGGUGGCUGACUAAAUACCUUCCCCCCCACUGUACAUGUGGGUAGAGUUAAAGUGACAAUGCAUAAAUAAUGUAUACAUAUGUAUGCGUGCAUAUGUAUUCACCCCCUUUGCUAUGAAGCCCCUAAAUAAGAUCUGGUGCAACCAAUUACCUUCAGAAGUCACAUAAUUAGUUAAAUAAAGUCCACCUGUGUGCAGUCUAAGUGUCACAUGAUCUGUCACAUGAUCUCAGUAAAUAUACACCUGUUCUGAAAGGCCCCAGAGUCUGCAACACCACUAAGCAAGGGGCACCACCAAGCAAGCGGCACCAUGAAGACCAAGGAGCUCUCCAAACAGGUCAGGGACAAAGUUGUGGAGAAGUACAGAUCAGGGUUGGGUUUUUAAAAAAUAUCAGAAACUUUGAACAUCCCACGGAGCACCAUUAAAUCCAUUAUAAAAAAAAUGGAAAGAAUAGGGCACCACAACAAACCUGCCAAGAGAGUGCCACCCACCAAAACUUAGACCAGGCAAGGAGUGUAUUAAUCAGAGACACAACAAAGAGACCAAAGAUAACCCUGAAGGAGCUGCAAAGUUCCACAGCCGAGAUUGGAGUAUCUGUCCAUAGGACCACUUUAAGCCGUACACUCUACAGAGCUGGGCUUUACGGACGAGUGGCCAGAAAAAAAGCCAUUUCUUAAAGAAGAAAAUAAGCAAACGCGUUUGGUGUUCGCCAAAAGGCAUGUGGGAGACUCCCCAAACAUAUGGAAGAAGGUACUCUGGUCAGAUGAGACUAAAAUUGAGCUUUUUGGCCAUCAAGGAAAACGCUAUGUCUGGCGCAAACCCAACACCUCUCAUCACCCCGAGAACACCAUCCCCACAGUGAAGCAUGGUGGUGGCAGCAUCAUGCUGUGGGGAUGUUUUUCAUCGGCAGGGACUGGGAAACUGGUCAGAAUUGAAGGAAUUAUGGAUGGCGCUAAAUACAGGGACAUUCUUGAGGGAAACCUGUUUCAGUCUUCCAGAGAUUUGAGACUGGGACAGAGGUUCACCUUCCAGCAGGACAAUGACCCUAAGCAUACUGCUAAAGCAACACUCGAGUGGUUUAAGGGGAAACAUAACAUUUAAAUGUCUUGGAAUGGCCUUGUCAAAGCCCAGACCUCAAUCCAAUUGAGAAUCUGUGGUAUGACUUAAAGGUUGCUGUACACCAGCGGAACCCAUCCAACUUGAAGGAGCUGGAGCAGUUUUGUCUUGAAGAAUGGGCAAAAAUCCCAGUGGCUAGAUGUGCCAAGCUUAUAGAGACAUCCCUCAAGAGACUUGCAGCUGUAAUUGCUGCAAAAGGUGGCUUUACAAAGUAUUGAAUUUGGAUCUUCAAAUUAUUUUGCAUCUUCAAAGUGGUAGGCAUGUUGUGUAAAUCAAAUGAUACAAACCCCCAAAAAAAUCAAUUUGAAUUCCAGGUUGUAAGGCAACAAAAUAGGAAAAAUGCCAAGGGGGGUGAAUACUUUCACAAGCCACUGUAUGUCAAAGAUAAUAAAACAAAAAUGCUAUAGUGAACACACAGUAAUGUCCGCUACAGUAUUCUGCAGUACAUACUACGGCAUUCACUGCAGUGUUUGUGCAGACCUUAGUCUGUAGAAACACUACAGUGAAUACUACACUCUUAGAUAAAAGGGUUCCAAAAGGGUUCUUCGGCUAUAGGGUUCUACCUUACACCAAAAGGUUUCUAAGUGGAACCAAAAAGGGUUCUUCAAAGGGUUCUCCUAUGGGGACAGCCGAAGAACCCUUUUAGGUUCUAGACAGCACCUUUUUUCUAAGAUUGUAUAGUUUUUAUAGCAUAAUAUACUAUAGUAUUUCUUCAUGUGGGAGUAGUGUGAAAAACUAUUUUUAAAGAUGUUUCAGGGCAGUUCUGUCAUUUUCUUUCUUUCCUCGCUUGUUCUAGGCCCAGAAGUAGAACCAGUUGAUCCUGUCAUCCCAACAGACGGUAAAAUCACUGCAGUCUCCACCAGCAACCUUCUGUGCUCUGAUGUAAGUAACUUACAAAAAUACAUGGGUUUUAUAUAGUGCUUUUCAAGGACCCAAAAAUGCUUAAACAGCGGGUUAAUACUUGUACUGGCUUAGUGUGUCUGUCUACAUUGAAUCUGUAAUGGUAUAAAAACGCAGUCACCUUCUUAAUGUUCCCCCUCAGAUGUACCACAGGGAAUACCUGACCCUACCAGCCCCUAGAUCUGAGGACAAGAAGACCGUAGCCUUUGAACUCCCACCUCAGGGGCCCAGAGUCUCGUUUAAUCUAGAUGGACAGAUCUCCAACAAGAGGACAUUGAUGGUAUGAGUAGCAACAUCUUAUCCUUUAUAAAGCAGUACAACCCCCAUUAUCUUAAACCAACUAUUUAAAGAAUGGACCAUUUCAUAUAUGCAAUUGUUACACUUACACUUAAUCAACUUAAAUGCCAACAGAAAAAUAAUUGAAUAUUUCCCUUCCAUAGCGGCAGGCCCUUUCACAGGAGAACCUGUGCAUGGAGAAUGAUCGCCCCCUAGUGGACAAUAUACAUAAUGCAUGGAACCAGAACCAGCAGGAGAGCUACUACUCCUCUUUUCCUAUGAAGCCUAAUAUCUCUACCCACCACAUACAUUACAACCAUACUGUCAGCCUCUCCACUAAGACCCAACAGAGCAGCUGCAACACAGGGUCUGGCUACUGGAGAACCCCUACGUCACACAACCCUUCGUCUGCCAUCCAGCCAAUACGCAUAGACAUCCCUGCUACACGGCUUUCCAACACCCAGCCACGCACUCCAAUGACCACCUUCCAACAAACUCCAACUUUACUGCCCGUGAAGUUGAACCAAAUCCCUGAGGGUUAUGGCCAGGGGCAAGCCCUCCUCAGCAAUCAAAAACAGGGGUUUCAUUCUCAACUGCCAGCCCAGCAUCGCGAUGCUACAUGUCCUCCUCCAUCCUCUGUGUCCAUGAGACAACCUCAGCCCUCACUCUCAUCAUCACCGAAGACCCAACAACAACAAGCCCCGAGGAGGGUGCAACCAGCGAAGUCCCAACUGUUCCCAACCCAGUUAAAAGACACAUCCCUCCAGAGACCUCCAGCUAAACCACAACCAGGGGCCACCCCAGGACAUCAGGUACAGAAUUUAUUUGUAGUCAAAAUUCAACUGUUUAAUACACAUAACAGUGAAAACUCAAAUGCAUGUAUGAAUAAUGAAUGUACAAAUAAAUAGUAUACACUUCCUGUAUAAAAUACACAAUUAAUGCCGAAUUUCGAAAUCAGGACCAAUACUUCACCAUGAAUAAAGAGCCACCAUCAGAAGGCAAAAAUGGUCUGUCUCCAGACCCAUGGAAGAGGGAUGCACGGGAGAAGCAGCAGAAGCAGCAGAGACUACAGGUAACAUAAUAAUAAUUAACAACUAUUUGAAGUGUGUCUACUGUAUUAUACUGUACAGUAUUGUGUUGUAUUGUAUUGAUUUUGUGUAUUUUGUGUUUUUGAUGUGUUACUGACCUCACAAAAUGAAUUUCCAUGCAAAUGGAGAAUAAUGUAACGUAUUGUCCAUCAAAAUUGAAAUGUGUUUGUUGCUGUCUGUUCUUACAUGGAAAUGUGUAUUUUUGCCGUCUGUUCCUUGAUCUAGGUGGUCGACCUGUUGGAACAGGAGGUCCAGGAUCUGCAGGCUAAAGCCCAGCUCACACCAGAGGAGACCGACAGGCUCCGUAGACUCAACCUGGAGUGGCAAUUUCAACAGAGACUGCAGGAGUUCCAACAGAAUGGAGACAAUGAUGAUGAUGAUGAUGAUGAAGAUAGGGACACGUCAACAGGAGGAAAUGUUCAAGAGUCGAAUGAACUCAACGAGAACUUUGAUAAAAAGUGGUCGAAAGAGUAAGUUUCAACUUCAUUUGAAUGUACAUUUGUAUCCCACAAAAACAGUUUUUCCCCCCAACAAUGGCCCUGGUUAAACCAAAAGUUAAAUUACAUAAUUUGUUCUGAAAGUAAUGGAUCAUGAUGUAUAACAGACCAUGAUAUACAGUAUAGUUAACCUAUAGGUAUUGAUCUUCUCAAUUACAUCCAUAUGUGUGGGUUAUUGAUUGGUUGCAGAGGCCAGGAAGAGAACACCUUCAGAGGUGAUGCAGCACCUGAGAAUCUCACCUUUAAGGAGCGCCAACGUCUCUUCUCCCUCGGAUCAAACGCCUCCAUCAAAGUCAAAACC